UAUGCCUGCAAAUAAAUGUAACACCAAAAAUUGCAAAUUCUGCAACUACUUUGAGGAAUCUACUAAAUGGACCAGCACUACAUUCACUCAGGAGGAUGUACAUGUCUCUAUUGAAGAAACUAAGGGACAAGAAAGGGACUGGUGGCCCCAUGCUGGCACAUAUGUAAGAAUGUGGGGUGAAGGGAAUGAAAUUCCUCCCACUACUAUAGAUCCCAGGUCAACAACUUAG